ACCAUAUUGAUGACUGUACGUUGAAAAAGAAAAUGGCGGCUUCAUCUUCAAAGAAAAAGAACGCAAAAUCGGGAAUUUUCGAUAAGGUUAGAAAAUUUAAAUAGAUUUGAGGUGUUCUUAGACUAUUUUUAUUCAAGGAAAGUGUAAUCAAUGAUAUGUUUUGGUUGUUUACUCUAUUAUCUUUUGAUUAUGUAGUGGGCCUUGGGUUCCGACCAUCCCGUGAAAAUUGAUAAAUGGGAUUGCAAUGCUGUUAAGAAUACCCUUGAUGAUGCAGCCAAGAAGGUGAGUUAUGUAUCUAACUCUUUGAAAACCAUUAUAACUCAUUCAUUUGGUCAUUGAUCUCGUGAUUUAGUGUCUUUCCUCAUACUAAAAUAUUAAAUGUAUUAAAGCUUAAUUAUAAAUUGUCGUUUAUAGACUGCAAGAAACAUUGUCUUAUAUGAAAACAAUUUUAAAUCAACAUCAAUCGACUCCAUCUUUUAUUGAAAUAUGAUAUUAAAAAUUUUCACAAUGCUUGAAAACCCAAAGGUAGCUAUCAUACUACUUGUUGUGUCCUCAAAAAAGAAGAAAAUACAAAAAAAUUAAUACAUUAACUCCUAGAUGCACCUUUAGUGUAAAAUAUUGUGUAUAUGUAUCAACAAGCAAAAAAGAAGUCAAGAUGGCUGGAUAUUGGUGUCAGUCUUUUUUGAGUUUUUAUGGACCAAGACGAAGUCAAGAUCAAUAUCCAGCCAUGCCUUGGUGGAACUAGCAUCCGCCUUAAUCUGAAUAUAUUUAUUCAUCUGCUAUGGAAUUAUCUGGGGUAAGCAGCUUUCUUCAGCCUCUGCGAUAGAGAUACACUCAAUAAAAAACAUGGAUGCAAAUAUUAUGUGGGGCUUUUGCAGAGAUGAAGUAACUUUUCUUGGUUUUUGUCUUUCCUUUGUCUGGUUUUGUGUAAAGGGAGCUUUUUUCCCCAGGGGGGUACUCUCUAAAAUGGCCGGAGCCCAUGGGCUCCUGAUAACGGCUUAUACAGGGAGGUUCUACCGCAAUGCAAAGAGGUACCUUUUUCAGGCUUCAGCGAUAUGAAUUGGUGGGGAUUUCAUUAGUUGAACUAUGUGAAAGUGUAGGGAAAUCUGUCAUUUUGGUCGUUAAUAGGCCCAAAAGGGCUAAGAGAUGCACUUUAUAGCUUUGAAAAAGUUGACAGAAUGUUCUGGUUUUGUGAUCUAUUCAUAUUUUAAAGAGAGUGCUUUUACAGCAGUUAAAAGGGAUGCAAGAUUCUAAACUAGGAAUGUGAAAGGGGUAACAUUUGUCAAUGGAAGCUGUUCAAAAGGGGUACGUUUUUUGUCAGAAGUGAUAUACAGAAGGGUAAGGGGUUGGAUCUCACAGCAGAGCCUCUUCAUAUAAAACUUUUGUUGAGCAUGCUUUUUUCUGAAAAUUGGGCAUCAUUCCUACCGCCCUCUCACUAUUAUACCUGAGCCUCCAAUCCCUAGCCUCCAAUUCCUCAGUCCCUGUUAUAAAUAAGUUUUUAGUACAUGUAAGUUAAAUGGCAAUCAACAGUUAAGAGUGGUUUUUUGAUACAAGUUUAUUCAAUCAAGGUGUAAAUAGCUCCACAUACUUGGCUUAAAGAAUAAAAAAUAUUCACGUGUAAACUAGACUUGAAGUGAACAAAUUUUUAAGCAAUUUCACUGCUUGAGUUUGUAUCAAAAUGACUUGUAUUGAAAUGACUUUGCAUAGUUACCCAGUCAAAAAGCAUUUACCUGAUAUUUAUGUUUCAGGUGAUGACAGAUGCCUUUGGCUACAUAGAGGACCAUAAAGUUACAGAUAUUCGCUUGGCUAUCUGCACUAUUUCUUGCUGCUUUGCUUUAGCUGCCUUGAUAUAUGACUAUCUGUUUCCUUUCCCUGUCUCUAAGCCCAUUCUCACCACCUGUGUGGUUUUGUAUCCUCAUGAUAAAUAAUAAUAAGCAACAAUCUCCAUGAAAUGUUAUAAUUUCGGUUAUGACAUAUAGUAUCACCCACCUUUUUUAAAUAUAAGUGGAUUGGUUUCAUUAAAACUAUCUGUAAAUACUAGUAGUAGGGUUCAUACAGAGUCUUGAAUUUUUGAAAGCUAUGACAAGUGCUUGACAAGUAAAAUUUUUUUUAAUGUUGGUCAAAUCAUAUUAAAUCUCGCCUGCACGUCAUGGAAAAGCUUUGUUCCUGCGGUUUUGUAAGGUCUCUAUUGAACAGCUAUUUGAUAACCUUGAGUCUGUGAAAAGUUUGAACCCAGGAGUCAUUUGAGUCUGGAAAAAGAAGUUAUUGUUUUGAAAAAAGUCUGGAAAAAGUGUUGAAUUUUGGAUCAAAAAUCGGUACAAACCCUUUGGCAGACAAGCCACACCUUCUGCAAAGGAUUAAACUACACCAUCUUCAGUGGUAAUUUACCUAAGAGUAAGCAAGUAACUAAGUUGUUUUGACACAAAGCAAGUUAUACUUAAAAGUCAAAAGAUUGUGAGUUCAUGCAUGACUACCUUGCAUUACAAUAGCCACCAUCUAUAAAUACAGAGCAGGCCGUUUUGAAUUUUUUUUCACGGUUUUCAUUUAAAUGAAUCAUAUGACAACUCUUGUCUCAAUGAUAAAAUCAGUAGUCCAGUAGUGUUGUAUGUGUCAUAGCCAUUAACUUAUUUCCAAUGUCAUGAAAUUUUAGACAGGUAAAAAAAAUUCUUAAGAAAAUAUUACUCACAAUAAAUAUGCGGAUGUCAUGAUACAAGCCUGGGACAGAUCGAUAACUUUCUUUAACAUCAGACUUGCCAUAACAUGAAUCUCAAAAAAUUUCUUUCAGCAGCAUUUUGUUAUAACCAAAACAGGUUUUUGUUUCAAAGUAUUAAGCAGUAUUAAACAUGAUUUUUUUUCAUUAAAGAAUUUAUCUAUUAGUUGUCCUGAUACUCUUAAAAUUAUGUGAUUUGGUUAAUACAGCUACCUUAACCAAUCUUAGAUAUUUUAUAUUGAUGACCGCACUGACAAUCUUCACAACUUUGGUGGAAAAAAAUUACAUUAUGUUUGCUGUCCAGAAGGAUGAAGCUGGAGUAGUAAGUAUUUUAACACUUAUUAUCACUGUCAUCAUCAGUAUUAUUGUUGCACAGAAGGAGCGAUUGGAACAGAGCUACUAAAGAAUUUAUAAAAAAGACUUGAGGCUCAUUUGCUAAGUGCUGUUGAGGUUGAAAUUUGGAAUGUUUGUUGUGCUGUGAGAUUAAUUUCUUUUCUUGCUUCAUCAUGUUGGCGGCCUUGUCUCCUAAACAUGAACCAUACAUACUAUGUACUCAUAUUUCCUCAAAUAAUAGCUGUCCUGUGAUAAAUCGCCACCCUUGAGCAAUUGCCCCCCUUUGACAAAAAUAUUUAAACAGUGGCCGCCAUCGAAUAAUUACCCCCCCCCCCACCCCUCUGAGCAUCCUCUUUUUGUUUUAUUCCCUCCCUGUCAAGUUAAAAGUUGACACCUUAAAUAACAAACAAGCUUUUAUUUGAUUGUUUGAAUGCACAGGUUUUGUUACAGUUUUUUCUAUGGUAAUGUUCAUGUAUUUCACUUUUUCCUUUAUUCCUGUCAAGUAUUCAAAAGUUGACACCUUAAAUAACAAACAAGCUUUUAUUUGAUUGUUUUGAAUGCAUUUUUAACUCAAAUACUGUUGGUUUUUUGUUACAGUUUUUUUCUAUGGUUAAAACUUUUCAUGUUUAUUUGCAGGGAAAUUUUUCCUUUUGUGAAUUCUUUUUGUAUUUAAAAUCAUUCUAUAAAAAAAAUUAUUAAAUUUAGUUUUAAGCUUAUUUAUGAACAACUCAAAAAUAAAAUAAUUCUUAAACUUAAUUUGCAUUUGUAAACAAAAACUUCACCAGUUUUAUCGAUAAAUUAGCAAAAAUUUGUUAAAACUUCCAACCAACUCCCUUCUUCGUAUUUGAAACAGCUUGCUUGAUUAGUUGUGAAAUUCCUUUGUUUGUUUACAAACCUUUUGCCCUCAAAUAAUAGGAACCAGUGCAUAUUCACUGAUUGAGUAGUGAAAAAAAACUAUCCACUGUUUUAGUAUAUACUAAAACAAAAUAAUUCUGUAACAACUUCCGCCGAGCAAUAUUUGAAAUAACCACCUCCCUUGAAUACUCACCUUCCCUCAAAUAAUAGCCCUCAUUUAGUGUGAAAAAAUAAUUAACUGCCACCCCUCGGCUGUCGAGGAAAUAUGGUACUUACAUGUAUACAAAGCCUUCCAGGUGAUAAAAGUCAUAGCGGAAUCAAAAUAUGGGACUGUUUGAACUAAACUAGCAAACAGGCUAGUUUUGUUUUUCUUUCUUUUCAGGUCACUAGAAUAAAGCACUGUUCUUUGUCAUGCAAAAAUAAAAUGAAAGAAAAUGUGUAGUUCAGUGCUGUUUCUGUCUACCAAUAAUCACAGAAAUGCGGCUUCCCACACAAGUGAAAAGUGCUUGUUUUUAGUUUUUUCUGGUCUCUUUCAUUUUUAUGUAACAAACCCACAACUCCCUUUUUCAGUGCAUUCAAAGUGUCUGCAAAGCAAACAUUUUGAGAAAUUGUAAGCGUUCUUGGAAGUCAGGAUAUGUUUUUGUUACAUUUUCUUGGAUUAAGGUUUUUAUUGUCCUUGUGAAAAGAACCGCUAUGUGGAACUUCUUAUUUCUUGCAAAGUCAGCAAUUUUUAUGCCCUUUCUUUUGUCAACAGGCCCUUUAAUUAAGCAUAUUAUUUUUUAUCUUGGCUGCAUAUCUCAGAGAGUUAGUGUUGACUUUUUGUGAGGCAUUUUGCUGUCCCAUAGGUGAUACAAGGUUUUAUCUUUAUCCACAGGCAUCUGUUUGUAUGGCUGUUGUUGUUAUUGAAGUCUAAGCAUUAAUCUUUUGUACUUUAUAGAAGAAAAACAGAGGAACAUUAUCAUGGCUACAAAUGAUUGAUGUUCAGAUUUCACUAACAACAAUGGCCACACAAAUAGAGGGUGAUCUGCCUGUACUUUUUGCGCGAAUAAAGCCAUAGUCAACUAUUAUAUUUCACAGGAGCCUGAUAAUCACUUGAGACUGAGUUCAUCACUGAAGCGCUAUGAUCAUCUCUAUAACCUAACAGUCACUUACAAAGAUGGUGUUACAAAGAAGGAAAGAGAACAAACUUUUAAAAAGUAAGUUUUAUGCAACUGUAUGGCACUGUAGUUUUUUAAGGUGGUACUGGAGACUAAAACUGUGCUUUUUGUUACUAGCUUGGAGCUGGCCAGUGCAUAACACAGUUUGCAAAGUUUCAGUUCAGGGCAAUCCCACUUAAGGAACUAAUUAAAAGUUUUGUUUCUAGGACCAAUUUAGCAGGAAAAAUUUGGUAAACUGAAAGCUAUAAAUGCAGUUGUGGUGAAGAAGAUUAUAUCCCUGACAGCAGACAAAUUUGACAGUUUUAAUAUCCAGCUUUGACUUAUAACACAAUCACAAACUCCUUUGUUGUAUAAGCUUUUUACUUCAUAUUCAGGUUAUUUCGAAAGGAAAUCCUAUAAUUUUAUCAACUUCUCCUCACAUACUGAAGCACCUUGACGUUACGUGAAUUCCUCUAGUUAACACAUUUAAAAACAUGCACUUACUAUGUACUUUAAAUACAUCCACAUCCAUGAUCGUGUUGUCUGUCACUUUGUACAUUUUUGCACUUCACCCCACAGGGCACAGUGGAUUGUAUUAUAUUACGAAAUUGUAUAUAUAGUUUUUUCUUAUUUAUUACAUAGGUGUAUUUUCGAAGCAUAUUGAAUAUCGUGUAUCUUUUAAGUAGUUUUUAGAAUAGUUAAAUCUUAUUGGCUUAUAGUAUUAUGUAUAUAUAUUUCUUAUUAAUAAGUUAUUUAAGUAGUGUCCCCGAUUAGUAGGUCUGACGGCAAGCUAGAAGACUAGACACUUAAAUAAAGUUGUUGAUUGAUUGAUUGAUUGAUUGUGACCUUGAUUACAAUUAGAUUUUACAGUUGAUGGCAUAAAUUGCCUCUGUUUACUGUAGAAUUGAAUAAUUAUGAACUUGACCGAUCAAAAGAACUUUCUGCACAAAGUUGAUCAUGAUGCUAUAUAUCAGCUUAAAAUAUCUGUUGCCCCUGGGCAUUUCCUAUAGAAGUACAGUCAACUUUCUCGUAAGCGGCCAUCCUUGGUGCAUGAGAAAGUGGUCGCUUACAAGAGGUGGUCACUCACGAGAAGUGGUCGCCAUGAGAGAGUUCACUGUAGUGGAAAGAUGUUAUUCAAGUGUCAAUUAACCUCAUCUUGUUUGAUCAUGUCCUUAAUUCGCAUGACUACUCUGUUGUAUAAAACACUGGUAUAACAAGGAGAAAUUCAAUACUGAACACUCUUAGGGUAUAAGGGGUUGAUCAACCUCAGCAUCUCUUGGUUUUUCUUGUCUCAAGGUCUGUGGCUUCCUGGUUUGAUGAAGAAGGAAAUCUGCUGUUUGAUAUUCUGGAGAAAGAUGUCAAAGAGCUUCAUGCUGGAGUUUCUUCAGAAAAGAAGGACAAGUGAAUUAUUGUUUCACAAGUCAUGAUAUGUUAACUUAGCUUGCAGUUGAACGAAAAUAAAUUAAAAGAAAGCCAUUUGUCCGGAAUCUGUUUUGCUAAAUAGACACAAGAACUGUUUGAUUUCUCCACAUAAAUUAACCCUUGAAGCUUCAAAUUUUCUUGACUGAUCUCCAUACAUUUCCUUACAGAAUACGUUAAGAGAAUUUGUAUAAAUAUCAAUGCAUUUUCCAUAAUGUGAUCAUUUUCAUUAAUUCUCGUAACAUUUUCUCUUGAUUAUGAAUAUAGAUACUGACAGGAGAUAAUUAAUGUCCAUCACUCUUAGGACGUAAAAGGUUAAACCUGCAAGUGCCUUGAAUGAACUGAAUCUGAGAAAUCUAAUUAACCCUCACCUCAUGGCAGUAGAAGCUUUUUUUUUAAGCGUGUGAAAAGAACAUGGGGAUACCUUUAUCCGGGUUUUGGUUUUUGCUUUUCUUGCCUCUUUUUUUUGUCUUUUGCUGGCCAUCUUUUAGUAGGCUUCAUUUUGAUGGGAAAAGUUUUUAGGAAAGCUUUUUGAAUCUUAGGAAGAGUCCAAUUCAAAUGAAAUUCUGGAC